UGGAGCUGCAUGCAGUCGACUUUGAUCGAAACCAAAGUGACUCCAUGGAGCUGGCCAUGGAGAGCUCCGUGCACCACUGAUCAGGUCCGGCACCCUAAAGAGGAUGAGAAGAAAGAACAGCAAACCUCAGAUUUAAUUCCGGAAGGAGGGUUGCAUUCUCCCCACCCUGCACUUUCCGUUGGGAUUUAUAUUUCCUCCCAAAUACCUCUGUAUACACAAUUAAAACAAAGAAUUCCUCAAGCACAGGCAUUGAAAGCACACUACAGAGGCAGUAACAUUUUGCACACUCAGAUCAAGAUUGAGAGCUCCAACAUUACCUAUUAGUAUGAGUCUUCCUCCUCAAAUUAGUGCUGACAAGAGCGGCAAGCAUCGGGCUGCAGCCAUGAAAGAGCCUGUGCAGCAUUCAGGCGAGGUUUAUUAUGGUAUGGGACCUUCGGCUUUAGAGUCAAGCCACAGUGACUCUGCAAGCAGCUCUGGUGUUUACAACCACGAGAAAGGGCCUCAAAGCCUACCGCACUAUCAACAGGCUGCUCCAGUAAAGUGGCUGCACCAGGACUCCGUACAGGCCCCCGGGUGGUCGCAGGAAGCUCCUGUGCCAGCCUGGGGGCAGAACUUUGGUGCCUAUAUGGGUGGAGUGAACACCAGAGGUCAGAUGGCGUUCCAUAAAGGAGUCCACGAGGGUGUCGCUCUGCCAAUGGCGGGAGAAAAUCAACUGCCAGGACCUGUUGAGGUUUACAGAGAUGUCGCCCAGGCUCAGGCUCAGGCUCAGGCACAGGCUCAGGCACAGGCUCAGGCUCAGGCACAGGCUCAGGGGAGGGGGCUCGAGUGGGAGCAGCACGCUGCGGCUGCGAUGCACCAGGCUCAGCUGCAAGCCUAUCAACAUGCUCACAAGGGCGUGGAGCUCCAGGGUCAGCCCCAUGUGCCCCCUCACACUUUGCAGGGUUCCAUGCUGCAGCCCUUUCAGACAACAUUUAGACCCAGCAAGCAGCAGUUUUCAUCAGGUUAUUACUCUGUUUUCCCAGGUAACAAGGGAAUGCAGAGUCUGGCAUACGGCGAGCAGCCUAAAACUCAACAACAGCUGCUGCACCAGAUGCAGCAGCAGCAGCAACAAAUGCAUCACCACCACCAGCAGCAGCAACAGUUGCAGCAACAGCAUCACCUGCAGUUGCAACAGCAACAACAUUUGCAGCAACAGCAGCAGCACCAAAUCCAGCAGCAUCAAAUGCAACAGCAACAACUGCAGCAGAUGCAGCAACAGUAUCACCAGCAACAGAUACAGGAGCGACAGCAACAAAUACAGCAAAUGCAACAACAGCAGCAGCAAGUGCCACAACAAAAUGUGCCGCAGCAAGAAACGACACCACCACAGGUGCAACCAAAACAACAACAAACCCAACACAUGACUUUUCAGCCUCCUGAGCCUGGUCCGCCUGACGCCAUGCCUAAAAAGGAGGAUGUCCAGUCGAUGGAGCUGCAGCAGGAGCCAGAGGCUAAAGGCCUUGACGCAUCAUCCAUACCUGAUCCAUGCCUUGAAAAGGUUGACACGAAUCCUGCAGAGCCUUCAGAUACACAGCUGGCUGCCCCUCGGCGCUCGCGACGCCUAUCCAGAGAUGGACAGUCCCCACUGGGUCCUCCUUCAACAAAUAUCUGGUCUCAAGCAACCAAAGAGCCUUCAGCACCGCAGAACGGAGUAGCAGGCACCCAGGCUGUUAAAGGAGGGGAGGUGACGACAGGAGGGGUCAUCCGCAGGAGGAGGAGAGCGUCUAAGGAGAUCAACUUGGAGACUCUGGCCCAGCAGGCAUCAGUGAUGGAGCCUGCUAAAAUGGUCAAGCAGGAUGAUGGUUCAUCAGGCAGACACACCACCAUGGUGCCUUUGGUUAUCCCUGUAUCCGUGCCAGUGCACAAGAGUCAGACAGAUCCUCAGGGUGGCUGGGCUCAGGGACGACUUGGCCAGGGUGAGCGGCCUGCAGGACAGUCGGAUCGCAAACCUGUCAUUGUGGCUCGUCGGCGAUCGCUCAGAAACUCCAUGACGGAGAGUUUUGGCCAGGAAGGAGAAAACGAUCCAGUGCUGGACGAGGAUGGAAAAUCCAAAUUUAAGCGGCGACCUCGCCCUCAGCCACUCAUCAUCCCUCCACACAAACCAUCCACCUUCAUCCCUCCAUCCCUUUACUCCACCAUCACCUCCUACCAAAGCAACCUGCGCUCUCCAGUCCGCAUGCCAGACAACCCCCUCACCCUGCCCCCGUACACGCCUCCACCCAUCCUGUCUCCUGUGCGCGAGGGCUCGGGUCUCUACUUCUCCACGUUCCUGACCAACAUGGCUGUGAGCAACCAAAUCCUGCCGCCGCCACCUACGCCCAAAUCUGCGACACGCAGUCUGUUGCGCUCCUCAAGUUCAGAAAUCACACCUCCUGUUCUGCCCUUGAUCGCUGAUGCCGCACCUGCAAGCCUUGAACCACGUAUCAACAUCGGGCUGAAGUACCAAGCAGAAAUUCCUGAGUUACAGGAUCAAGCUUCCUCCCAGUUUGACCAGCACAAGGCUGACCUGGUUUGGCUCCCUAUGGAUGAGUCCAGCCUCAAACACGGUGACCAGGAGACCAUGGAGGAUUUGAUGAACAUGGCUUGUUGCAGUGUGCUCCGCGGUGGGGGAACCAAUCAGGAGCUGGCUUUACACUGUUUACAUGAUUGCGGAGGUGAUUUCCUUGAAACACUGGGACGUUUGAUGCAUCAGGACCCAGUUUUCCCCAAAGGUCAUCGCCUGGCAGGUUAUCACUACUCAGGCUCCGACUGCUGGACUGCAGAUGAGAAGCGCUACUUCAAUAAGGGGAUCUCUGCCUACAGGAAGGACUUCUUUAUGGUGCAGAAAUUGGUGCGGACAAAGGCUGUGGCUCAGUGUGUGGAGUUUUACUACACAUACAAAAAACAGGUGAAGAUCGGUCGCAACGGGAUUUUAACUUUCGGGCCUCCAGAAUCACCUGUGGAGAAGCACACAGAGGCUGUGGUGGACAUUAAGAGUUCACAGCAGUCAAAAUUAACACAGGGAGAGACGGAUGGAGACGACCAUAAGGACGUUUCUUACGAGAGCAGCCAUCAGGCGAGGGUUGCUCAGUCACUACAGGUUCAUGACUAUGCAGGGACAAUGCUUGUUAUCAAAGAGCCGGACACUGUCAGUAAGGAGGCUCCCCACCACCCUUCAGCACCCCAUAGGCCCCGUGGCGAGCCUGCAGCGAAGAAGCCCAGAGUACCAGCAAAGCCUCCACCGGAUCCUGAUGCAAUAUUUCCAUGCAAGAAAUGCGGCAGGGUGUUUUACAAAGUGAAGAGUCGAAGUGCUCACAUGAAGAGCCACGCGGAGCAGGAGAAGAAGGCUGCAGCGCUGCGUCAGAAAGAGGAGGAGGAGCAGGCGGCAGCUGAAGCUCGGGCCAGGAAGGCAGCGGCAGCAGCAACAGCGGCGGCAAAUCAGAGAGGAGAUGGGAAUGGAGCGACGGAGCAGGCAGAGGUCAGCAGCCAGGAAGACUCAUCUGAAGGAGAGGAUGAUGAUGAUGAAGACUGGCACUGAGAGACAAGAACAAGAGAGGAGGAUGAGGAGAUGAAUUGAUGGGUAGAGAUGGAGGUCGAAUCAGAUGGCUGGAAAAAGACUUUCUGCCUCACGGGGAGCAGAGUAAAGACGAGAGAAGUGCUUUUAGUCUUCCUGUUAAUGUUCACACUCCUUUCCCAGCUGACGCUGGCUCACACUCCACACCUUUACACAUUUUGUAUCUUUUAAAUAUUCAGAGGAAGUUUAUUUUUUGUAAAUGCACUUAUCCCCUAUGCUUCUGCUUUUGCCAAUAUUGCCUUUUUUAUAUCCUUUUAUUUAAUUGAAUACAUGUCAAAAUAUUCUACAUUUUCAUUGACUUAAUGGUUUCAUGAGAUUUCGUGAGAUAAUCAGGAUGCCUUUUUAGCAAUAAAACAACAAUAUCAAAGCAAUUUUCACUUUACAGCAGCAGCCCUUUUAAGUAAAGUCAGAGCUUUAGAGUAUUUAUCUUUUUUUUAGGAAAAUACUGUGCUGAAUUUUUCCAUCAGAUUUUUAGGUUGGUUGCACACUUUUUACAACUAAGGGACCUUUGAAAUGAAUAUGUACAAAAAAAGUAUAUAUGAGAUGGCCAUAUAUUUAUGAUACUGAAUUUUUGCAAUGAUUUUGGUAAUAUAAGAACUAAUCAUGUCAGCUGCAAUGAGACUUGUAAAUUGAAAAGUUUAUUAAAAUCUCUACUGUUCUGA